UGGUAGAGGAACGUCCGGAAUUGUUGGCUCUCCUGUCUCUGUGGAAGUUAAUGUGAUUGGAAUUGGGCAUGAUGAAUUCACCUCUUCCCCUACCCCCCCCUCAGGGAGGCCAGGGUGGUGGAGGCUCGAAUUCGAAUUCACUGGUGGGAAACGAUGAAGCGGCUAGGAUUAAGUCUCUCCUUGACCUCUGUUUUGAUGAUGGGAUUUUCCCUGAAACAAAUAUUGACUUUGGUAUGACCGAAAUUGUGGAUGGAGUCGGGAUAUUGACUCUUAAUGAUGAUAUUGAUACAGCCACGGUAAACUGGCUUAAAGCUAGAACUGUAAUUGUCCUCUUUGACGAACCAGCGAUGUCACUAAGUGUAGCUCAAAGGGAGCAGCUGAUCCGUGUAUACGAAGAUGCUUGGUAUCUUGACGCGACAGUUAAUCCCUCCCAGAAACGAGGGAGAACUCAUGGCGAAGGUCCUAAUGUCACGUCAUACGUUGCCAGGUCGGAGAGAAUCGCCGAAUGGAUGGUUAUGAAAGGCGAGGAUAGAAUUCCGACACGUUCUGGGUCGGUCAAAGUCAAGUUCAAGCCAUGGAUGACCAAACAGGAAUUGGAAACCAUGCGUGACAAUGAAAUGGCAAGGAAAUUCAGGAUCAUUGCGCUUAGGGUUCCCCUCGAGGCUCUCUUCCCCCUCAAAUUUGCAAUUGAGAAAUUUAUGGGGAAAGUGUUGAUUAUGCACCCCCCUGAGAAGAGAGCAGAAGAACCUAGGCUAGGGAAUGUUCGAAUUGAUUGCGCCCCUGAGGUAAAAGACAGAUUCAUGGAGUGGGUGGUGGUGAGAAAGCCAGGUGGAGGGUUUUUGGAAGUACAGUUUGCAAAUCAAGAUACACCAUUCUGCAACAAAUGUUUGUGGUGGUAUCAUGAUGAAUUCAAUCCUGAGUGUCCAAGAUUUAACGAACCAAUGCUGGAAGGGAGAGGAGGAAGAGGUCGAGGGAGAAGAGACAGAGGCAGAGAGGAGGAGGCAUGGGGAGAGGAGGUCCUAGAGGCAAUGGUAGGGGGCUACCCGGGAAUGGAAGAACUAACAGAGGCGGAGCAACAGGGGGGGAGGAAAGGGGUAGAGGAGGAACCUCUGGCGAGGGAAGAGGUAGAAGUGGGGAAGAAGGGAGUAAUAGGGGAAGGGAAGAGAGUGGCCGAAAUGGGGUGGUGGGGAACAACGGUGACGGUAGAGGAGGAGGGUCAGAGACCCAGGCGGGAGGUGGAAGGAACGGGGGAAACUUGUACGACAGAGGUAGGGGCGGUGAAGGAAGGGGAUAACCUGGUUUUAGCAGGGGACUUUAAUACAGUCCUGCAACCAGGCGUGGACUCACCUGCGGUCGAACCGGUUAAGGCUGAUGCGAGGCAGCUCUCGUGCUUUAUAGAGGCGUAUGAGCUUACAGACACCUUCCGGCGAAUGAACCUAGACUGCCCAGGAUAUACGUGGCAUUCUGUGCAAAGAUCAGAUGAUCUGAAUGUGCCCCCGCCACCACAAAGACGCUUGGAUCUGAUUCUGGCAAAAGGCGAAGCUUGGGAAGCGGCAAUUCAAACAGAGGUGGUGCCAGACCCAUUAUCGGACCACUGGCCAGUGGUAAUGGACUUGAGAUUGAAUGCCGAAUCCAAGAGGAAAACAGGUUUCUUCAGAUUGAAUUCAGAGCAUCUGAAGAACCCUGGGGUACUAGAGUGGUGUGCAAAAUACUGGAUAGACUGGGAACAGACCAAAGGCUGGUUUGAAAAGGAAGAGGAGUGGGCGCAGGUGGGGUUCAGAAUGGUGACAAGAGCGUUGGAUGUAUUCUCCCGUAUUCUGACGAGAGAAAGAAACCAGGAGGAGGAUGAGUGUAGAGAAAUGGUGAAGGAAGCAGAGGACAAUAUAGGUCGGGAUCCUAUAACGGACCUAUACUGGGAAAGAAGGAGAGAUGUGUGGAUGAACAAAUGGGAGAUAUUGCAGGUUGAGCAACAGGAGGAGUGGGCGAAAAGAGCUAGGGAGAGAGGGAUGACCCAGAUGGACCGAAUGUCGAAAGAGACUUUUCGGAGACUGUGUCCAGCACGUCAAAACGGAGUAAUCCGGGCCCUGUUGCAUCCAUUUAACUCUCAAGCCGAUCUGGCAGAAGACACUGAGUCAAUGGCAGUUUACGCAGCUACGUACUACAGUGACAUCCUGACGUCCAGGCGGCCAGCGAAUCAGACGUUAGAGGAGUUGCAGUCAGAGGAGGACCUAUGGCAGUUCACGGAUAAGAGGCUGGCCCAACACGAAAGGAUAUCAUUGGAUCGACCACUGACACUAGAGGAGUUAAAGGCAGCAACGACAAGCAUGGCAAGAGGGAAGGCGUCAGGGGACGAUGGAUUACCAGUGGAGUUCUAUGCAGCCACAUGGGAAACCGUGGGCCUGAUUCAGCUGCGCUUGUACAAUAGGGUGCUGGAAGGCGAGGCGCUAACGGAGGACAUGUGCAGAGGCGUUAUCACUCUGCUCUAUAAGAAAGGGGGCAAGCAAAAUGUAAGAAAUUGGCGUCCAAUCUCUUUACUUAAUGUUUCAUAUAAGAUUUUGGCGAAAGCUCUGGCAAGGAGAUUAGCUAAUCAUCUUCCUGAGAUGGUGAAAGCGGACCAGGGGGCCUUCGUCAAAGGGAGAUCGAUUGCAGAGAACAUUCUGGUUGCCAUGGGAGCGUUGGAAAUAAUUAGCAGGGAGGACAGACAGGUGGUGGUGGCGAUGUUAGAUUUGGAAAAAACAUAUGACCGGGUUAAUUGGUCAUUUGUUUUGGCCACCCUAGAGCACAUGAAUUUUGGUGAGUGCUUCAGGAAAUGGGUGGCAGUGAUGUACCAAUCCUCCACCGCGACAGUCCUGAUUAACGGCAGUAGAUCGAAUAACUUUCAUUUGUCACGUUCCUUGCGACAAGGGUGUCUGUUAGCACCCCUCCUCUUUGUGGUGCAGAUGGAGGUAACUCUCAACGCAAUCAGGGCAUCUCCGAGAAUACGGGGUCUUCAGCUGAGAAUGGACAAGGUGGUAACUACUGGAGCCAUUGCGGAUGAUAUUUUGUUAAUCACCGAAGCUACCUCUGAGUCUAUGGAUGCCGCAAAACAAAUCCUGGAUCAGUACUCGACAAUGUCGGAAGCACAGGUGAACUGGGAUAAAUCGGUCUACUUCUUACCUUAGAACUACGAACUGGAGAACGACUGGUCAAUGAAAAGGGUGGGCACUG